UGGCGCUGGGGAUCUCAUGGGUCUUGUUUAGGGUUUGGGCGAUCGGCGAGCGAGCGAGCGAGCAGCGCCGGCGGCGGCGCGGCGGCUGGAAUUCACUCAGCUCAUCAGCCAGUGGCAUUUACUUUGUGAUGGUUUCUUCGUCUCAUUUGGAGCAUUGAUUCUGGAGAGCUUGUACAAGCAGCUUUCUAGCAGGGUGCCGCUUUCACUUGGAGGCCAGCCAGCGAAACUCACUGGGUGUGCGAUUUUCGGCCAGAUUUGGACCAGUCCCACAUGGUAUUUAGAAUAGUCUGGACGGUUCUUGAUGUAGGCAGUGUUUGAGGAAGCCGAGUGAGUUAUUACAAUUGGAUAGCGCCCUCAACCAAAGUACUGGAAGUUAUGGAUGGUUUGCUCGCCUGGGCAGCUGAUGUUGUUGGAGGUGGUUCCGACCCGGAAUCUCCUGCCGCCAGGGCGUUUCUCGCUUUUACUCCGGACCAGCUCCACGAGAUUGAGAGGCUGGAUAGAAGAGCUUCGGAGCUCCAGCGGAGUUUGCAGCAGCUGAGGCACCGCUUGCCUCCGGCAAACAUUGCACAGGGUCUGCCUCACUUGCACGCGGAAUCAUUGGCUUCGCAGUCGGCACUGGCACUUGAGCUUCACGCUCACUCGGCCUCACGCAUCCAGGCUCAGGUGAGAGAGUCGACUUUGCAAUCUGACAUUGCGGCUUACAAAAAGGCACUGGCUGCAACUGAGCAGCAGGCAGUUGAUCGAUCCCGUGAAGCACAGGAGCUUGAAUCAUCAUUUCAGGAGCUUGACCAGCUGGAGCAGAAGCUGAGAGAAGAGUACGAUUGCCUGGAGAAAGAGUUGCGUGCGCAGCGCGAUAGUAUUGAAGAGCUAGAGGAGAAGGUACAGGAGGCCUCGCCUCUGGAGGAGGAAGAGGCGAGCGAGCUUCAGUCACUGAGAGCCGAACUGGCAAAGUGGCAAACAAAGGCUGCAGAGUCGAGAAAGGAGCUGUCGAUGGUAGAAAACGAGGCCCUGGCAUGGCCUUCGUCUGGUACUCAGCGAGAAAAGGACUUGGAGCGGCGCUUACGAUCCCUUACAGAGCAACUUACGGCCAAGCAAGCACAGGCCGAGAAGCUAACUAUCGAGCGUGACAACUUGGAGGCGCGAGUAGAGCAUGCAAACCAAGCACGGAAGAAUCAGCUCGUGGAGAGCUUGGCUCACACGGUGAAGAGGAACAAGAUCGGAGUGAAGCACUUGCUAAUGGAUCCAUCAGAGCCUCAGAGAAAGUAUCCUAGCCGGGGAGGAUUGAGCAGCAGCCUUGGCGUGUUCCGGACGAGCCUCGCCUUUAAAGCGCUGGUAGUGGGGUACGUCUUCCUCCUUCAUGUCAUAGUUCUCGUGGUUCUUUCGAGCAAGCACAUUGAAGACUGAAGAUGAUAAAAGGUUGAGAUGGCUAGGACUAAGCAGAUGAUCCGGAGGAAGUACUAUGACGAUGAAGAUGACGAUGAGUAUUGUGAGAAUGAAGAUUAUGAAUAUUAUGGAUCCAAGCACGACGAUACUCAACCACAGUACCCUUAUUUGACAAUCGAAUCACAGAUGCCCGGGUUCCAUCGAUUUAAGCAGCUGGAGAUGAAAACCACGGCUCGCCAUUAGCUACUUGUUGUAAGCUUUUCACUACCUUUUUGUUUAAAUUUUAGUUUUUUCCUUAUCGUUU